CCUCACUGUAAUUCUGAAUCUGUUGUCUUUUUUGUGCCAUCGAACUUAACUAACUGAAUACUUCCAAAAUACUCCUAACACCCCCUCAGUCCGGUACCUCCUGUCCGCCAUUGUUCAUCAAACAGUCCCAACCCAGUCAUGCUAUAGCUUAAGCCUGAAGCAGACAUGUCAUACUAUUUAGAUAAGGCUUUGUAUUGACUCUGUAUUAAAUCUGCGAUACUAAAGAUGUAUAACUGUAAAUAUUGCUGUAUAAUCAGUUUAUGCAGAUUUUGCUGGAAAAAUAAUAAAAUCUUUAUUAUUAAAAGGCUGUUACUCUAUGCUUUCUGUAUUUCUCCUCCGGUGAGAGAUGGUAAAAAUAGAGGAUCUGUUUUUGUGGUCCUCCUCAGACAAAUUGUAACGUAUUUAUUCUUUCUCUAAUAAGUAAGUCGCUUUUGUAAUACACUCAGCGAUGGGCGGCAAGAGCUACGGUAGAGUAACUGCUGAGAACGAAAUUGACUUCAGCUGAAGGUCUAUGUCAGUUUUAACCGAGUUAUUUAAACUCACAUUGAAUACCAAUAUUUCUCUUUUAUAGAUGUAGGUUUGCAGUCAUUCAGAUUACUAUGUUGGGUCCUGCAUGUGCUUUCUAUAUGUGAUAGUCUAAUAUCAUAACUAUUAACAGACCAAUCAAUAUCAUAGAUUUCUCAUGGAUAUUUAGGUAUUUGAGAUUUAUUUUAUUAGCGAUAAUUGUGCCGACUCGGGCAAUCAACUGAAGUGAAUUGCAUGACAUUAUCAGUUGAUCAUGCAUAUUUUAGUGAGGUUCACAUUUUUUUUAAUUGUGUGAAGAUUACAGAAUGUAACAAUUUGUGUGUAUCUUUUUUUGCUUUGCUUUCAUCAUUAAAUUAAAUAAAUGGAUCUCCAGUUAACAACAUUUUUCAAAAUAUCUUCUUUUGUGUUCUGCGGAAGAAAGAAAGUCAAGAGGGUGAGUAAAUGAUGACAGAAUUUUCAUUUUUGGGGUAAUCUUUAAGGAACACCUUCAGAAUUCACAUUCCCAAAAAUAAAAACUGAAAGUUUAAAGUUAGGAUAACCUCACGUUUGUACAAAGGUUAAGAUGUUUUAUACAUUUAUUCUGUUGUUUCAAAUAAGACAUGUAUACAGUGUUGGGUGUAACUAGUUACUAAAUAAUUAGUUACUGUAAUUUCAUUACUUUUUACCUUGAAAAAGUAAAGUAAGGGGUUACUCUUAUUUUUUCUGUAUUUAAUUACAGUUACUAGUUAAACUAAAUACUGUGUGUAAUAUAUGUGUGUGCAAUAGUGGAAUUGACAUCAAAAUUCAAAGUCUAACUUUAAAAUCCGUGCUUUACUGUAUAAUUCUCACAUUUGUAAAACUUUGGUCGGUUAAUAAGAAUACUUCAUGUAGUUUUAUAUUAUUUAUUUAAAUGAAUUAAGAGUCAUUUCGUGUCUAUCCUUGAAUCACUUAAUUUAUUAAGCUUGCUAUAGGAUAUAGAAAGUAAUUAGUAAUAAGUAAUUAAAUACUUUUUGGAGAGAGUAAUUUGUACAGUAAUCUAAUUACACUAUUGAAUAUGUAGUUAGUAACUAGUAAUUAAUUACUUUUUCAGAGUAACUUACCCAACACUGCAUGUAUAGUGUUGAGUCAAAAAUGGCUAUUUUGACUUUCCAAAGAUUUGUUUAGUAAUGGGGAUUUAUCAUAAUAAUAUAACAAUGAUCUGGUCACUACCUUACUUGACCAAUAUUCAGUCUUCAUUAUUGGAAAUCUUAAAGAGUCGUUUUUACAUUUAUUCUGGGUCACAAAUAGGUGCUUUUUACAUUUGUUCUGAGAGGGUCACAUAUAGAUUAUAUUAUAAUACGUACUAAAUUCUACAAUUAAAAUACUAGCCUGUUUUUUAGAUGUUAGUAUUACGCUUAAUAAUACUUAAAUUCAUGCAGCUUGUGGUCUGAGCCAGUGGUAAGUGCCCUGACAUGUUGCGCAUCGGGUGACUCAAGUUCGAGUCCCGGCUCGAGGUCCUUUCCCGACCCCACCCCUUCUCUCUCCCGCUUCGCUUUCUUUCCUCUCUCGCACUGCUAAAAUAAAGUAUAUAAAAAAUAAAAUGUCAUGCAGCUUGUCGAGAAAGGGUGUAUUGCUUAUCUGCAAAUACCUACAUUUCUAGGAGGUCUUAGAUUAGUUUUUGAUUGUUGUGUCAUGAUGGUUUAUUUAUGGUUUGUUGAUUUACCAGUACAUGAGCAACAUGGACUCGUGGUGUAAGGCUUGUGGAGAGGGAGACCUUCCUUCUGAGCUGCAGGACCUUGAGGACACCAUCCAUCACCACCAGGGUCUCUAUGAACAUAUCAAUGCUGCCUAUUCAGAGGUGAGUCAGGAUGGCAAAGCACUGCUAGAUAAGCUGCAGCGCCCUUUGACCCCAGGCAGCGCCGAUUCGCUGACGGCCUCGACUAACUACUCCAAGGCAGUACACCACGUUCUGGACAUCAUUCAUGAGGUUCUACAUCAUCAGAGGCAGCUGGAAAACAUCUGGCAACACCGCAAACUCCGCCUCCACCAACGCCUGCAGCUCUGCGUCUUCCAGCAGGACGUCCAGCAGGUUCUAGAUUGGAUUGAAAACCAUGGCGAGGCGUUUCUCAGUAAGCACACAGGAGUGGGGAAGUCUCUCCACAGGGCUCGAGCGCUGCAGAAACGUCACGAGGACUUCGAAGAAGUGGCUCAGAACACAUACACCAAUGCUGAUAAACUCCUGGAGGCGGCAGAGCAGCUGGCUCAGACGGGCGAGUGUGACCCCGAGGAGAUCUAUCAGGCGGCCCAUCAGCUGGAGGACCGUAUCCAGGACUUCGUAAGGCGCGUGGAGCAGCGUAAAGUCCUACUCGACAUGUCCGUGGCCUUCCAUACUCACAGCAAAGAGCUGUGGACGUGGUUGGAGGAGCUUCAGAAGGAGUUAUUGGAUGAUGUUUAUGCUGAAUCAGUGGAGGCGGUGCAGGAGCUCAUCAAACGCUUCGGUCAGCAACAGCAGACCACCCUGCAGGUCACCGUCAAUGUCAUUAAAGAGGGCGAGGAUCUCAUCCAGCAGCUCAGAGACUCGGCGAUCUCCAGCAAUAAGACUCCUCACAACAGCUCUAUGGCUCACAUCGAGAGCGUCCUGCAGCAGCUGGAUGAAGCUCAGGCUCAGAUGGAGGAACUGUUUCAGGAACGCAAGAUCAAACUGGAGCUUUUCCUCCAGCUCAGGAUCUUUGAACGGGAUGCCAUUGAUGUGAUCUCAGACCUGGAGUCCUGGAAUGAAGAGCUGUCUCAACAGAUGAAUGACUUCGACACUGAAGAUCUGACGCUAGCCGAACAGAGACUGCAGCAUCACGCCGAUAAAGCUCUCACCAUGAACAACCUCACCUUCCACGUCAUCCACCAGGGACAGGAGCUGCUGCAGUACGUCACGGAGGUUCAGGCCUCAGGUGUGGAGUUGCUGUGUGAUCGCGAUGUUGACAUGGCCACGCGGGUGCAGGACCUGUUGGAUUUCCUGCAUGAGAAACAGCAGGAGCUGGAUGCAGCCGCAGAGCAGCACAGACGUCACCUGGAGCAGUGCGUUCAGCUCCGUCACCUGCAGGCCGAGGUCAAACAGGUGCUGGGUUGGAUUCGUAAUGGAGAGUCGAUGCUGAAUGCAGGACUCAUCACAGCCAGCUCGCUGCAGGAGGCAGAACAGUUACAGAGGGAACAUGAGCAGUUUCAACACGCCAUUGAGAAGACCCAUCAGAGUGCUCUCCAGGUGCAACAGAAGGCCGAGGCUCUGUUACAGGCCAAUCACUACGACAUGGACAUGAUCCGCGACUGCGCUGAGAAGGUGGCGUCUCAUUGGCAGCAGCUCAUGCUGAAGAUGGAGGACCGGCUCAAACUGGUCAAUGCUUCAGUAGCCUUCUACAAGACCUCAGAGCAGGUGUGUAGUGUGUUGGAGAGUUUAGAGCAGGAAUACAAGCGAGAGGAGGACUGGUGCGGAGGCACCGAUAAACUAGGACCAAACUCAGAAUCUGACCAUGUGACACCCAUGAUAAGCAAACACCUGGAGCAGAAAGAGGCCUUCCUCAAGGCGUGUACACUGGCCAGACGCAACGCUGACGUCUUCUUGAAGUACCUGCACAGAAACAGCGUGAAUAUGCCCGGGAUGCUCGCGCACGUCAAAGCCCCUGAACAACAAGUCAAAAACAUCUUAAAUGAGUUGCUGCAAAGGGAGAACCGGGUUCUGCACUUCUGGACCAUGAGAAAGAGGAGACUUGACCAGUGUCAGCAGUAUGUGGUGUUUGAAAGAAGCGUUAAACAGGCUUUGGAGUGGAUCCACGACACAGGAGAAUUCUACCUGUCCACACACACUUCCACAGGAUCAACUAUACACCACACACAGGAACUCCUGAAGGAACACGAGGAAUUCCAGAUCACAGCCAAGCAAACCAAAGAGCGGGUGAAGUUGUUGAUCCAGCUCGCCGAUGGUUUUUGUGAAAAGGGCCACUCCCAUGCGGGCGAGAUUCAGAAAUGGGUCGCCUCUGUGGACAAGCGCUACCGUGACUUUUCCAUCCGCAUGGACAAGUACCGUUUCUGCCUGGAGAAAGUGCUCGGCCUGGUCACAGACUCCAACAAAGCGAGUAAAGAUCUUCAGUUGGACAUCAUUCCAGCCAGUGCUCCUGGUGCCGAGGUCAAAUUCAGAGAUGCCAACCAUGAGCUCAAUGAGGAGAAGCGCAAAUCAGCCCGCAGGAAAGAGUUUAUAAUGGCAGAGCUCAUUCAGACUGAGAAAGCAUAUGUGAGAGACCUGCGCGAGUGUAUGGAAACAUACCUAUGGGAGAUGACCAGUGGUGUGGAGGAGAUUCCCUCAGGGAUCGUCAACAAAGAGCACAUCAUCUUUGGCAAUAUGCAAGACCUAUACGAGUUCCACCAAAACAUUUUCCUCAAAGAGUUGGAGAAAUAUGAGCAGCUCCCAGAGGAUGUGGGUCACUGUUUCGUCACAUGGGCAGAUAAGUUCCAGAUGUAUGUGAAUUACUGUAAGAACAAGCCUGACUCCACUCAGCUCAUCCUGGAGCACGCAGGCAACUAUUUUGAUGAAAUCCAACAAAGGCACCGACUGGCCAACUCCAUCUCAUCUUAUCUCAUUAAACCAGUUCAGAGGAUCACCAAAUACCAGCUACUGUUGAAGGAACUGUUGACGUGUUGUGAGGAGGGUAAAGGAGAGAUAAAAGACGGUCUGGAGGUUAUGCUCAGUGUGCCUAAGAGAGCCAAUGAUGCCAUGCACCUCAGUAUGCUGGACGGUUUCGAUGAGAACAUUGAGUCUCAGGGUGAGUUGAUCCUGCAGGAGUCCUUCCAGGUUUGGGAUCCAAAGACUCUGAUCCGUAAGGGCAGAGAGCGGCAUCUCUUCCUGUUUGAGAUGUCCCUGAUCUUCAGCAAGGAUGUCAAAGACUCCAACGGCAGGAGCAAGUACCUCUACAAGAGCAAGCUCAUGACCUUAGAUCUGGGAGUGACUGAACAUGUGGAAGGAGAUCCAUGUAAAUUUGCACUCUGGGUUGGACGGACACCUACCUCAGACAACAAAAUCGUUUUAAAGGCUUCCUGUAUUGAAAACAAACAGGAGUGGAUCAAACAUGUUCGCGAAGUCAUUCAAGAACGUACCAUCCAUUUACGGGGGGCGCUCAAGGAGCCAAUACACAUUCCCAAAGCUACUGCAGCCAAACACAAGGGCAAACGGGAUGGAGAGGACUUCGACAGCCAGGGUGAUGCAAGCAGUCAGCCAGACACCAUCUCCAUCGCCUCCCGCACCUCUCAGAACACAUUGGAUAGCGACAAGUUGUCCGGCGGUUCAGAGUUGACCGUGGUCAUCCAUGACUUUAUGGCCAGCAAUGGAUCAGAGUUGACUGUACGUAGAGGUCAGACGGUGGAGCUGGUGGAAAGACCCCAGGACAAGCCUGACUGGUGUUUGGUCCGCACCACCGACCGCACUCCCGCACAGGAGGGCCUGGUGCCCAGCUCGGUGCUCUGCAUCGCUCACUCCCGCAGCAGCAUUGAGAUGGAGGGCAUUUUCAACCAUAAAGACACACUGUCAGUGUCGAGUAAUGAAGGAGUUUUGUCAGGCAGUGCCACACUGCAGCCGGGUCACCUGCACAGCUCUCCUGGACCCAAGCGGCCCGGGAACACCCUGCGCAAGUGGCUGACCAGCCCCGUCAGACGCCUUAGCAGCGGCAAAGCAGACGGCCAUGUCAAAAAACUCGCGCACAAGCACAAGAAAAGCAGAGACGUCCGUAAGAGCGCAGACACUGGCUCGCAGAAAGACUCUGAUGACAACGCCGCCACACCGCAGGAUGAGACUUUUGAAGAGAGGAUGAGAAAUGAGGGAUUGAGCAGCGGGACUCUGUCGAAGUCUUCCUCCUCAGGGAUGCAGAGCUGUGGUGAGGAGGAGGGAGAGGAAGGGCCAGAUUCUGUUCCCCUGCCGCCCCCUAUGGCCAUCCAGCAGCACAGUCUUCUGCACCAGGACUCACAGGAGGACAAGGUUCGUCUGUCUGGGCGUCCCAGCAGCUCAGAGACACCGAGUGCGGCUGAGCUGGUUAGCGCCAUCGAAGAACUCGUGAAGAGCAAAAUGAAUCUAGAGGACAGGCCCAGUUCUCUCUCUGUCCAACAGGGCAACAGCAGCAGCCCCUCCUGCAACCCCUUAGAGAACUCCCUCCUGUCCUCCUCGUCUCCCAUCGAUGAGCUGGACGAACGCAAGACUGGCUUCCUCAAGAGACGACACUAUGUUCUGCUGGAGCUGGUGGAGACAGAGAGAGAUUAUGUGAGAGACCUUGGUGCCGUUGUGGAGGGAUACAUGAGCAGGAUGAAGGAGGAGGGCGUUCCAGAUGACAUGAAGGGAAAAGACAAGAUCGUCUUUGGGAACAUUUACCAGAUUUAUGAAUGGCAUAAAGACUUUUUUCUUGGUGAACUGGAGAAGUGCUUGGAGGAUCCUGAUAGACUCGCACCGCUAUUUAUCAGACAAGAAAGACGAUUGCACAUGUACAUCGUCUACUGUCAAAACAAGCCCAAAUCAGAGCACAUUGUUUCUGAGUACAUCGACACGUAUUUUGAUGAUCUGAAGCAGAGGUUGGGUCACAGACUACAGAUCACAGAUCUGCUGAUCAAACCCGUGCAGAGGAUAAUGAAGUACCAGCUUCUGCUGAAGGAUUUCCUCAAGUUCUCCAAAAAGGCUGGCUUGGACACUAUAGAACUAGAGAAAGCAGUAGAGGUCAUGUGUGUUGUUCCUAAACGCUGCAAUGACAUGAUGAACGUCGGACGCCUCCAGGGCUUCGAUGGUAAGAUCGUAGCCCAGGGUCGACUGCUUCUCCAGGACACUUUCAUGGUCUCGGACCAGGACGGUGGUCUUCUUGCCCGUAUGAAGGAGAGGCGAGUCUUCCUCUUUGAGCAGAUAGUUAUCUUCAGUGAACCUCUGGAUAAGAAGAAGGGCUUCUCCAUGCCAGGCUAUCUGUUUAAGAACAGCAUAAAAGUCAGUUGGUUGGGUCUAGAAGAGAGUCCUGACAAUGACCCUUGUAAAUUUAUUUUGACGUCGAGAUCAUCGUCUGGCAGUACAGAACACUAUGUCCUCCACUCCUCCAACCGGCUGGUUUGCCAGGCCUGGAUCCAGCAGAUCAGCAGCAUCCUGGAGAACCAGAGAAACUUCCUCAAUGCACUGACUUCACCCAUCGAAUACCAACGGAACCAUGUUGGGGCAAGCGGUCUGUGCGGCCCCAGCAGCAGCGGACUCCCAGGAGGCAGCAGCAGCUCAGCCAUGGGCCCUGGCUGCGGUUCCCGAUCCCGGACCUCCAGAAUCCCUCAACCGUCCUCACGUCUCCCCCAGCCUGUGCAGCACCACCACGCCCCCGCCCCAGAUGACCGCACCUCAGGUACGUGCCCCCUCCCUGACCAGGACGUUAACGGUGAGGUGCCCAGGAUGCGGGUCCUCGAAAGUCCUCUGAAGGAGCCACGUGAGGAGACCCCCAUCCCGAGAGCCACAGUCGCUCCCCUGUCUCUGACUCUAACCAAGCCCCGUCUUGGGGCGCCCUCGCCCAUUCUCUCCCCCUCUAACCAUCAGAACUUCACGUCCCUUACAACGAGCGUCCCGGCUCAGAAGGUCUCUCCGUUUUGGGCCUCGAUGCCAGUCUCGCUCACUGGCAGGCCCGGCUCAUGCACAGAGCAGAGCGAGACGCAGAGUCGCAUCCAGAGUCAGAACCGUCGGCACUCGGCUCACAGUAAGGAGCUGGACCGCAUCAGUACCUGCUCGUCCACCAGCGAGCACUCUCUGCACUCCACUCACAGCAAUGGGAGUGAAAGCAGCAGCAGCAGCAGUGUGUCAACCAUGUUGGUGACUCAGGACUAUGUGGCUCUAAAGGAGGAUGAGAUCAAUGUAUAUCAAGGAGAGGUUGUGCAGAUAUUGGCCUCCAAUCAGCAGAACAUGUUUCUGGUUUUCCGUGCCGCCACAGAACAAGGCCCAGCGGCCGAGGGCUGGAUCCCCGGCUACGUUCUGGGUCACACCUCCACCAUCAUCCCCGACUACCCCGACGGAACCCUCAAGAAGUCUUCAUCAUGGCACACAGCCCUCCGCAUCAGACGAAAGUCCGAAAAGAGAGACAAAGAGGCCAAGAAGGAGAGCAUACCGGAAAACGGCUAUCGCAAGUCUCGAGAUGCACAAGCUAAUAAAGUUUCUGUAAAGCUUUUGAAUCCCAACUACAUAUAUGAUGCAGUUCCCCCAGAGUUUGUGGUCCCUCUGAGCGAGGUGACGUGUGAGAGGGGUGACAGCGUGACUCUCCGCUGUAAGAUCUGUGGGCAGCCCAAAGCCUCGGUCUCCUGGAGAGGACCUGACCAGAGCACUCUGAGCAAUGGCGGCAGAUACACUCUCACGAACAGCGAGACAGGUGAAGUGACCCUGCGUAUCUCACCUGUCAUACUGGACGACAGUGGUACCUACACCUGCAUAGCCUCCAAUGAUGUAGGCUCAGUGACAUCAUCAGCCUACCUCAGAGUGCUCGGCAAUUGUGACGGCAUCCUCUGGAAGGAUAACUUUGAGUCCCUCUACACUGAGGUCAUGGAACUGGGGAGGGGCAGGUUUGCUGUCACUAAGUGGUGUGAGCAGAGAGGGACCAGACGGUCUGUGGCCGCUAAGCUUGUAAAUAAGAAGCUAAUGCGUCGAGAGCAGGUGGUUCAGGAGCUGGCCGUCCUACAGUGUCUUCAGCAUCCUCACCUGGUGGCUCUGCUGGACACCUAUGAGACCCCAGCCAGUUACGUUCUCAUCCUGGACAUUGCCGAUCAAGGUCGUCUUCUGGACUACAUAGUUAGCUGGGGGAACCUGACUGAAGAGAAAGUGACUCUUUACCUGCGGGAUAUUUUAGAAGCUUUACAUUACCUUCAUGCAUGCAGAUUAGCUCAUCUGGACUUGAAGCCUGAAAACGUUGUGAUCGAGCAUACUUCAACACAGCCUCUCGUCAAACUGACGGACUUCGGUGAUGCGGCGCAUCUCUCCAGCGCCCCCUACAUCCACCCUCUGCUGGGCAGCCCUGAGUUCUCUGCCCCUGAGCUGGUCUUGGGUGAGCCGGCAGCUCUAGUGUCUGACCUGUGGAGUCUGGGUGUGCUAGUGUACGUGAUGCUCAGCGGGGCAUCCCCGUUCCUGGAUGAAAGCGUCGAGGAGACCUGUCUGAACAUCUGCCGCCUCGACUACAGCUUCCCGGAGGACUAUUUCUACGGUGUGAGCCAGGCGGCGCGGGACUUCAUCCGCGUUUUACUGCAGGGUGAACCGUGCAGACGGCCCACUGCGCAGGUUUGCCUGCGGGAGGAACCCUGGCUGCAGCCGAACGCGGCAUCAAGCUCAGCUCGCCUCGACACUUCCAGACUCAUCUCUUUUAUAGAGCGCCGGAAACACCAGAAUGAUCUGCGGCCAAUAGCCACCCUCAAAGCCUUUCUGCGCGGCCGUCUCCUAAGCUAGACCAGAGAUAAUGCAACCUUCCAGACAGGAAAAAUCUGUUGAAAUUUCCCACUUCUUACUUAAAUGAGUUCCAGUUAAUCGGACAUCACGUCAAAUGUAAACAAAAAUAUCUUUUUUAUGCUCACCAUCCCACAAAAUAUGAAAAGUGUAACAAAGUCUGAAAACGAAAGGCAAAAUUUACUACAGUAAAAAUAACAAUCAAAUACAGUAAUAAGUAAUAUGAUUACAUACAAAACCGUUCAAACGUUUUUUUUUUCUCCACAUUUUAGAAUAAUUGUAAACUCAACAAAACUAUGGUAACAGAAAUGUUAAAAGCUUACAAAAAUCUAAACUAUUUUAAAUUCUAGCAUCUUUAAAGUAGCCGCCCUUUGCGUAAAAUUUGCGAAAUUGUACUCUUUCCAUUUUAUCAUCCAGGGACCGGAUUCAUGAAACUGUUCUUAAGACAAUAUUGAUUGAUAAGAUUGUUAAGAUCAAUUAUAGGACAUGCGUAAGAAUGUUACUUCCUAAGUUUUCAAAUUUUUUUAGAACAUCUUCAUUUUUAAUGACAUGCUUUGUAAAUCAAUUUUGAGAAAAAAAAUUAAGAACGGUCUUAAGAAGUUUUUUUUCGGGAAUACAAAACCUUCCUAACUUUUCUCUUAAAUUAGAAUUUAAGAAAAAAUAUGGCAGUUAACAAGAAAUGUCGUCUUAAAAAUGUUUUGUGAAUCCAGCCCCAGCUCAUUUAUUAUUUGGUACAAGUCGUCCUUUUAAGUCGUGGCCUAAUGGUUAGAGAGUCGGACUCGUGACCAGAAGGUUGCCGGUUCGAUUCCCAGGGCCGGCGGGUAACGACUGAGGUGCCCUUGAGCAAGGCACUUUACCCCUACUUGCUCCCCGGGUGCUGCAGUGAUAGCUGCUCACUUACACGCAUGCUGCAGUGAUAGCUGUUGUGUGUACAACUUGCUGUGCGUGUGUUCACUACUCUCUGUAUGGGUUAAAAGCAGAGGUCACAUUUCGGGUAUGGGUCACCAUAUCUGACUAAUAGGUCACUUUCACAUUUCAAAACUUUUUGUAACGUGUGUAUGAAAUAUGAUUGAUCUGUAACUUAUUUGACUUUGACAAAUUUUUCCAGUGGUCAUUUUCAAGUAGGAAGUGGGAAUUUCCAAAUUACAAUCUGUCUGGAACACAGCAUAAACAUAGAAAGAAUAACUGCUGAGGCAACGGGAUAGUCCACAAAAAACAAACCAUGAUAUAUUUGGGUUACAAAAUCUGUGGCAUAAUGUCAGUUUCACUUUCUCCUGAAGUUCGGAGCGAAUAAUGGAGGAAGUCUGGUGAAAAUACAGAAAAGAAUAUAAAUAAAUAUUCUGAAAUCUCAUCCUGGUUUUAGAGCCGCAAUGUAUGUUGAAAUGGUUCCUGUUUUACUGCUGCUGACAAAACUCUGAAGUCCCCGUCCCUACCCUUCAAAAAGAAAAAGAGAUAAAAAAAACAUUUCUGCCACAUUUCUUCUUUAAUUUCUUUCUAUGGACGACAAAAAAUGUGAAUUAAGAGGGGAGGGAUUUUUUGUUGUUGAUGUCCUAUUUUGAAGAUUAUGUUUCCUGAGCCAGUAAAGUUUAGCUUUUUGUUCAGACAGUAUUUCAAUCAGGUUGUUUCAGUGGAGUACUGUAAUUUGAACAGUUACAUUCAGGAAAGAUGCAUUUUGUACAAACCCUGUAUAGAAGCACAGUAAAGAUGAUUUCUUUAUCCUGAACGUUUUGGAGAAAAGCUUAUUUGAAGAUACGGAUAUUGGUUCGAUUUUGACAUUCAUCUCAAGAUCAUUUUAGCUGUGCACAAAGUUUCAGGUUCGGUAAUCGUACAGUCAUAUUCGAAAUCUGAAGCAACUUAUUUACCCAGCUGCAGCUCUUCCAACAAGAGGAGUAAAAGAGAAACGCUUCGUUCAAACUCACAUCUGUCUGUUCAGCCUUAUGUUGUAAAUAAACUGGAGCUUCAUUCACGUUCGUUUGCAGUGUUUCCACUGGCUGAACGUCACCUUUGACCGAUACGAGCUACGAGGUGGAAAGCCGCUGAAAGCAGGAGUUUUGGUACUCUUUGUAAUUUGUUGAGAUUUCUAUGUGCAAUGUUGGGGCUUUUACAUUUUGCAGAUAUUUAUAAUAAUUCGUGUUCAAUUGUUAAGUACACGUGUCGGCCACUGCGAGUUGAGAUGUUAUGAUGUGUCCGUGGCUCUUUUGCCGAGUUCUCUGUGUUCAGUAUUAUUUUUUAAGCUUAAAGCCUCAUUGGUAAAAAUCGCUUGUGUCUACGUCACACUUCCGUUAUGAAUGUCGUUAUUGAUUUGUAUUGUUAAACCAAAGUUAAACGAUUCUUCUCCCUGUUUGGUGAUUUAUCAUUUUUGUAACUUGCCAAUAAGUUAUGAAUGCAGUUAUGACUCCUGAAGCGGGAGUUGACCCGUAUUGAUUGUUGAUUUAUUUAUUGUGUCUCGUUCGGUUUUUGUUAAUCGAAUUGAAGUCAGUAGUGCUUCAAUAUUGUCGAAUUGUAAGUUUUUAUUUCCAUUUCUGCUCAUUGCAGCAGUCGCUUAUUAAUGUAAGUUCGCAUGACUAAAUGACAAUUAUUAUUCCAUUCCGACUACAUGUGUUGGUUUCAGUUCACUCUGGGUUAAAUAUAACGUACUGUAUUCAUCUUGGUCACCUCAAGUUGCAGUGGUACAAUGACCAAAAUAGCAACCGCGGUCACAAUUGGCAAUUUACUGGAUAUAAAAUCGAGGUUCAUAAUUUGGUCAGUAUGUUUUUUUUUCAACUGUAGGCCUAUUUAAGUUACCUUAUAAUGUAUAGAUGUACAGACACCGUGAAACCUGAACGUAGCUACACCCUGUUUUUUACACAAGUCUAAUGUCAUUUUGAAUGUUUUUGACGAUUAUUUUUGCAUGUAUAUUUCUUUGUACAGAAACCAUACCUGUUUGCACAUUCUGUGCUGUACAUACGUUACUUUACCCUCAGUUAUUUUUGAGAUUAAACAUCGGAAACAUUUUAUUGGUACCACUUGCCUCCAGUGUUUUU